GUUGUGCUUUCAUUUUCUGGCUAAGGCCAUAACAAACAAAAGCUGUGUAAGCAAAAGUAGGAAGUAUUAUUGUCAUUUUUUGUCUUACGUCGUUGCAGCUUUGCCGUAACAAACCACUGCCUGAAUGUUUGCUAUUCAUCGCAAUGUCACCAGAAAAGUGCCAGAAAACUGUGCCUUGUUUGCCAAAGCGUUGAGAAAAUCAGUUUUGUUUGGUGAUAAACCAGAAAGAGUGAACCAGCAUAUGUGUCUGAGAUGUGAGAAGGCAUUUCGGAGUAUCUUCUCUUCAUCCCAAAAUGCAGCCAACUAUAUUUCGGACCCAGAAAACAAGGGAAAGACAACACGUGGUGUGAACUUUGACACGUUGGGUGUCUGGAAUAAUCGGAUGGUUCUACCCAUUCUGUACGAUCAGAGCAUCAAGAAAGGCAAGAUCAUCCCCAAGGUUCCCAUUGAUGAGGUGGCUUUGGCCUCUGUCAUUGGCCGAAGGAAAGACAAUGAGGACCGUUUUGUAAUAGAGGAACUCUUACCAGAGCUGUUGUAUUUUGGAGUGUUUGACGGUCAUGGAGGGGACUUUGCUGCAGAGUAUGUGUCCACCCAUCUCAUAGACCACAUGGGCUUUUGGAUGACUCAAACGAAAGAUCUGAAAACAGUGUUAAAGAAUGCAUUCUGUGAUGUCCACAACUUGCUAGCUCGCCAUCUGGUCUUUUAUCACAUCGACGAUGACAACUUUAAGACAGGAACAACAGCCACCGUUUGCCUUCUGCGGAACUCUACAGAGCUGGUGAUUGGCCACGUGGGCGACAGUGUCUGCAUCCUGUGCCGCGAGGGCGAUCCACUCCGGCUGUCCGUCGAUCAUGACCCAGAAAACAGUGAUGAAUCACACCGAAUCAUUGGGAAAGGUGGAAGGAUUAUCCAUAACAGUCACGGAGUAGCUCACGUCAAUGGUCGGCUUGCGAUGACAAGAAGUGUUGGUGACGUGGAACUGAAAUCUUUUGGCGUCACUGCACAUCCGUACUUGAAGUCCAUUGAGAUCAAGCAUGGUAAAGACGCUUUUCUUGUAUUGAGCUCCGACGGUCUCAGUUUUGCCAUCAGUGACCAGGAGAUUGUGAACAUCGUCAGCAGCUGCCAGACGCCCAAGGAAGCGUGCAGCCGUCUUCUGGACCAGGCCCAGCACUUUGGCUCGGAGGACAACGUCACGGUGAUGGUUGUGCCGCUCGGGGCGUGGGGGAAGUAUCAGAAGUCCUCGUCAAACACGCAGUACAAUUUUGGGCGUAUUCUGUCUCAUUCUAGGAUCUACUAAGUUCGGGUUGUUGUUUUAGAGUCUUUGUUUCUGUUUUGUUUCCUCCCCCCCUCUCCUCACACACACACACACACACACACACACACACACACACACACACACACACACACACCCUCAUUUGGUCUCCCAUUUUAGGUAUGGAUGAUUUUGAAAUGUUACCAGCCUAGUCAUCUGUGACAGGCUUUCUUGUCUCUUAGUUUCAACUGCCAAGGUGUCUUUAACAUAAACAGUGUUUUUGCUGAAGCUCCAAAUUUUUUUUCCUGCUCCAUUCAGCAAGAUUUGGUUCUAGAUCCAACAAUCAUUAUUGGGCGGAAAUAAUCUUAGAAGAAAAUGCAAAAGAAUCCAGUGGACAUCCUCAUAGAGCUGAGACUCAAACCAAGUACUCUGGCAUGCGAGGCAAGCGGCUUUGUAUCAUUAUCAGUAUUUUCCUUAAUCCUGUCCGCACGCUUGGGGUCAUUUGUACCCCCGGGGUUGUAUUCUUCCCAUUUUAGAAUACCGUUAGUGCGAAGAUC